AUGCGUCAGGCGGUGCUGCAGGGGUGUGAGGAUUGUCACGUGCAGCACUGCAGCAGCGGCAGCCCGGCGAGUAGGGCUGCAAGUGGAGUGUCACAGGAGGUAGAGCGGUCGCAUGCCAAAACGGGAGCAGGACCCACAGGCUAUUACAAUGCAAAGGGAAGUGCCGCCGUGCCAUUGUCGAGGAGCGCUAACCAGAAGCUCUCGCAGUCUGAAGGCGGAGAGAGGAGAGUGAUUAGAAGCACAAAGCUGGAAAAAGGGAAAACACAGUUACACCCUCAGCAAGAUAAUAACGAAAUAUCGAGACGUUUCAAGAAAGGCAGAAUCCAAUUUAUUCGGCUGUGGUCUGGAACCCCAACAGUUAAAGAGGCAUUGCGAGGGAAACCAAUGAGGUUACAAAAACGAGUCACAAGAACGAGUCACAAGAACGAGUCACAAGAACGAGUCACAAGAACGAAUCACAAGAACGAGUCACAAGAACGAGUCACAAGAACGAGUCACAAGAACGAGUCACAAGAACGAGUCACAAGAACGAGUCACAAGAACGAGUCACAAGAACGAGUCACAAGAACGGGUCACAAGAACGAGUCACAAGAACGAGUCACAAGAACGAGUCACAAGAACGAGUCACAAGAACGAGUCACAAGGACGGGUCACAAGAACGAGUCACAAGAACGAGUCACAAGAACGAGUCACAAGAACGAGUCACAAGAACGAGUCACAAGAGCGAGUCACAAGAACGAGUCACAAGACGAGUCACAAGAACGAGUCACAAGAACGAGUCACAAGAACGAGUCACAAGAACGAGUCACAAGAACGAGUCACAAGAACGAGUCACAAGAACGAGUCACAAGAACGAGUCACAAGAACGAGUCACAAGAACGAGUCACAAGAACGAGUCACAAGAACGAAUCACAAGAACGAGUCACAAGAACGAGUCACAAGAUAAAGGAACGUUUCAAGAGGAGAAAGGAAUAGAGAUCCUGUUCGAGAUAU